UGUUGGAACGGGGAUGACGAAUGUUGUGAUUACAGACCGCAAGCAUUGUGCAACGCGGUGAAAUGGAAAUGUGGACGUGCUACUCGUUUCGUGUAGUAGAACUACGUGCUCUUCGCGAUCCAUGUGCGUCCGACAUUUGUUUGUGUAUGUAUGUAGGGUGUAUUUCGUCCAUAUGGUGUGUUGUGUGAUAGAUAUGGGAUGUUGGUUGCUACACGGUAUCUCCUGGUUUUGUACAAUCUAAUCUGAUGGGUGUGUGCACAUGCGCUAUUUUGGCUGUGUAUGCCAAUGGUAUUUUGAUGAUAGUAUUCCAUUUAUUGUUAAUAUCCGUUGAAGCGUAUUAGUGCGAGCUUGUUGUUGCAUGUGGAUGACAGUGUCUUGGUUAUUUUUCUUUUACUUUUUGUGGAGUAUGUUUAUUUUUUGUGUAUAUGAAUGGAACACUGUUUUGUAUUAUGUAGUUGUUUGCUUUUUGUUUCUAUGUUUUGUUACAGAGCUCUUGUUUCGUUUGUUAUACUUUGGCGAUUGUGGUUUUCACUGCCAUGCUGUUUGUGUUUUGAGUAUGGUGUGUUGGAAGGGGUAUAACGGAUGCUGUGCUUGCAAACCGCAAGUGUUGUGCAACAUGGUGCAAUGGAUGUGUAGACAUGCUACUCGUUUCGUGUAGUAGAUGUAG